AUGGCAAUGGGUCGCCAAUUCGCGGCUUUGGUGGUGGUGCUGCCGCUAGUGUUAGCGGGGGUGGCGGCCAUGGCCACUGCUGAUCAGGAGAGCGACCGGAUCCGCGAGCUCCCGGGCCAGCCGCCGAACGUGGGGUUCUCGCAGUACUCCGGCUACGUCACCGUCAACCCGGCGCGGGGGCGCGCGCUCUUCUACUGGCUCGUGGAGGCGGUGCCGGCGGCCGGGCCCAUCGCGCCGCUCGUCCUCUGGCUCAACGGCGGGCCUGGGUGCUCGUCGGUCGGCUACGGCGCGUCCGAGGAGGUCGGCCCGUUCCGCAUCAGGCCGGACGGCCAGACUCUCUACCUCAACCCCAAUUCUUGGAACAAGGCACUGGAUGCCUAUGCUUUUCUCGUGAAUUGGUUGGAGAGAUUCCCACAGUACAAGCACAGGGAGUUCUAUAUUGCUGGAGAAAGUUAUGCGGGGCACUACGUUCCACAAUUAGCCCAGCUCAUAUAUGAAAAGAACAAAAGCAUUCAGAAUCCGACAAUUAAUUUCAAAGGAUUCAUGGUAGGCAAUGCAGUCACUGAUGACUACCAUGACUACCUUGGCACCUUUGAGUAUUGGUGGACUCAUGGUCUGAUCUCUGACAAGACUUAUCACAACCUGAAGGCGACAUGCUUGCUUGAAUCCUCACAACACCCUUCACCUGACUGUGUCAAGAACCUGAAUCUAGCCAGUGCUGAAGAAGGCAAUAUUGAUCCUUAUAGUCUGAAUACAAAGCCAUGCAAUGACACCGCCUCUCUCAAGCUUGGCUUGGGUGGACGCUACCCUUGGUUGUCCAGAGCCUAUGAUCCUUGCACUGAAAGAUAUGCAAGUAUUUACUACAACAGGCCAGAAGUGCAGAUGGCAAUGCAUGCAAAUACAACUGGAAUUCAUUACCCUUGGCAAACAUGCAGCGAUAUCAUUGGAUCCUACUGGGCAGAUUCCCCAAGAUCUAUGCUUCCAAUCUACCAAGACCUGAUAGCAGCUGGUAUCAAGAUCUGGGUUUUCAGUGGGGACACAGAUGCUGUAGUUCCUGUAACUGCGACAAGGUACUCAAUAGAUGCUCUCAAGCUUCCAACAUUGGUAAAUUGGUACCCUUGGUAUGACCAUGGGAAGGUUGGAGGUUGGAGCCAAGUUUACAAAGGACUAACCCUUGUAACCAUAGCAGUCUUAGAAUUCACUUAA